AUGGACCCAGUCUCCGCCAUCGGGCUCCUCGCCUCGAUAUCUACCCUCAUCAACGUCAGCAAGGGGGCCUUGGACCUGCUCAGAAGUUUCAAAGACGCAGAGCAAGACCUAGCCGAACUUGCUAGAGAUCUCAACCACUUUGACGAAGCUCUAAGGGGAUUUGACCGGGUCUUCCGCAGCCGUCAAACCAAGCACAAUGUCUCGGGUGAUGUUCUUCGAGAGGCGAUUGACGACAGCAAUGCUACCCUGGCAGAAGUUGAGAAGCGCCUCACCCAGGUAUAUAAAUCCGAAUCCUCCACGCUUCGGCGAGCCCGCUUUGUUCGAUACAAGUCGCGAUUUGCAGCGCUCGGUGCUCGAAUCCAAAAUAAGUCCUCGCAGCUGCAUGGGUUUAUAUCUCUUGUGCAUGUAGAAACCUUCCUUGCUACGUGUAACCAGAAUCCACAACUGCUCGAGGCCUGCACGGCAGUUGUCGACCAAAUCGGGAGUGUGUUUGUACCACAAGACGAUGGGACACCAUUGCCCGUAUUCAGCAAUGCGCAAACCCAGAGCUCGUGCUCCAGCGAGGCAGUUUCUUUUAGUGGCGCAGAAUCAGCGGUCGACUCUUCGUCCUCUCAAAAGGCUUCCGUGGCCUCCUCGACCUCCAGCGAUAAUUCAAUACCACUCUCCCAAGACCACCCAAGACGCAGCGUUAACUCUCAGACAAGUGACCUAGGAUCUGCUGGGGCCACGGAACCAAAGAACGGGUUCAGCGCCCGAAUAUUUCGCCAGGGUAGCCAUCCGAAGAUCGAGUGCUCCGAUCCUACCUGCAAAGGAGCGGCUAUGCAGAAUUCUAUCCCCAUUUCGUCCUUUAAGAGGGCCAUGUUGCAUCUAAUGUCAUCAAACAGUAUCAAAAUUCGGUACCACAUGAAUACCUAUCGCAUGGUCCCCGAGGGAUCCAACGCGAUGCGGUACGUCAAGCAUGGGAAUCUGGGGAAGUUAAAGGCGGCCAUUCAAUCAGGCGAGGCGACACUUUGGGAUACGGCGACAGACGGGUGGUCGCUUUUGCACACUGCUGCAUACGCACGACAGCUAGAGACCGUCCAAUAUCUGCUUGAGCUCGGAGCUGACCCUGCCGUGUCCGAUUUAGGAACCAGAAAACCUGUUGAUCUCGCAUUCCUUAAGUCUAUUGGGGCAGACGCCACGCAAGUCGAGAAGGACAUUGUUGAGGUCUUCUCCAGAGAAGAUGAUUACAUCGAUGAUUACGAAUUCACCCCCAUUCACAACGCCGUUCUUGAUCUGUAUGAACACUCCGACCCGGAACGGCCUACUCUCCAACAAAUAAUAGACUUUGUUGACAACGCAAACAACGCGCCCCCAGACACAAACUGGGCGGCCUGGAAAACGGAAUAUCACUGUCGAUCCCCGUUAUACGUGUCAAUUAUCGAGAGAUACCGGGUCUCUGCGGCCGAAACCUACAGCACAAACAGAGUGAUUCAUAAUCUCACCGACCAAAAAGAUCGCAAGUUCCACUGGACACCGCUUCACUGGGCCAGCGCGACCGGGCAGGCGCAGAAAAUGAAGAUUCUUGUACAAAACGGCGCUGAUCCGUUCAUCCAGUCAAAUCUAAGUUUCAGUAUCAUUCAUGCGGCAGUUGAGUCAAAUGCGUGUGAGAGUCUAGGCUAUGCGCUUGAACUCUCUAAGCACCAUCCAGACCAGCUCAGUAUUAAUCAGGCCAAUAUUUGGGGUGAAACACCGCUUAUAAUGGCCGCGCAGGGCUGUCGGGUUAGCUGCGUGAAGCUACUCCUGGACGCCGGGGCCGAUAGGAAUAUUCGACAGGAGAACCAACAGGUUGCCCUGCACUAUGCAGGACUCUCUGACAGGGCUGAACUAAGGAGAGAGACGUUAGGGCUGCUUUGCAAUCAGAAUGGGACCGAGCUUAUAAUUGAUGCGCAGGAUGAGGAUGGAAGACCCCCUAUCUUUGACUUUUUGGACGAUACCGAGUGUUUGAAGAUCUUUAUCAAACAUGACGCAAGACUGGACUUGUCUGAUAACGCUGGCAAUAGUCUCUUCCAUCAAGCUUGUAUGCAGGGGGAGGUGGACUCAUUGGAGACUUUGCAACGGCUAUCAGGCAACGCGAAAGAUAUCGUCCGGAAUAAGAACCUCGCGGGAAAUACAGCACUGAUCGAGGCACUGCGGCAUACUAAUGUCGGCUGUGCGAUGGUGCUGCUGACACUGCAAGACGUUGGAGACAUGGUUGGCCAAGACGCAUGGGCUGCCGUCCACUAUGCGGCAAAGCUGGGUGAUACUGGAUUAUUACAGGCAGUGGUAAAACACCCUAAUUUCGUCCGCGGGAUGAAGACGAGGGAUGGCAAGACGGCUAGGGUAGUGGCCACAGAGGCUGGGAAUUGGCGGGGAGAGACAAAGCAAUUAUUAAAUACCUAUAACGCAGUAGUGUGA